AUGACACACCAGGACGCUGCCAUUCUUCUCAGUCUAUUGCGCAUUGUUCAGUGUCCCAUACUACUCACAAAGCCCAUUCAUUCAAAAAGAAGGUAUGUCGUCCUACUUCCCGGCAUCCCUCUACCACUCACAAAACACCCCCUUGCCAUGCUUAUCCAAAAAAAAAGAACACCCCCUCGCCAUGCCUUAUCAAAAAAACAAAAGCUUCGCAGUGUCCCUCUACAACUCACAGAACACCCCCUUGCCAUGCCUUAUCCAAAAAAAAGAACACCUCCUCACCAUGCCUCAUCCAAAAAAAGAACACCCCCUCGCCGUGCCUUAUCAAAAAACAAAAGAACACCCCCUCACCAUGCUCACCCAAAAAAAAAGAACACCCCCUCACCAUGCCUCAUCCAAAAAAAAGGUACAUCGUCCCAGCUCACGCAGUGUCCCUCUACAACUCACAAAACACCCACAGACCACCCCCUCGCCAUGCUCAUCCAAAAAAAAAGAACACCCCCUCACCAUGCUCAUCCAAAAAAAAAGAACACCCCCUUGCCGUGCUCAUCCAAAAAAAAAAGAACACCCCUUCGCUGUGCCUCAUCCAAAAAAAAGAACACCCCCUCACUGUGCUCAUCCAAAAAAAAAGUCCCAGGUCGUGGCAUCCCUCUACCACUCACAGAACACCCCCUUGCUGUGUCUCAUCCUACAAAAGAUAAUAAGACUCAGAUGGUGAAGACCAAGCAGACAGCUAAGAAGACCACUGGGGGUAGAGCUCCCAGGGUAUCUCUUGCUGGUCUGAAAGCUAGGGAAAAACAUGCUGCCAAGUCAAGCAAGGCCUAUGCUAGGAAGGCCCCUGUUGCCAAGAAGAGAAGGAUGAGGAACUUGGCAAAGGUCACCCAGCUUCCUGUGACCUUCAGGUGUGUUUCCUGUCAUUGGAAAAUGACAAGAUUUGAAAGUCCUCAGCCCUAUUUUGGCUUCUACUUGUCAGGCAAGCCAGUCCUGAAACACCCUCUUGUGGUCAUUGGGGGGUUUGAGCAUGCCACCACCUCUGAAGUGGCUGGUAACUCUACUGCCAUUAUCCACCUCCACCUUGAGUCUCUAGAGCUUGGCCAUGCCCCACAAGACACCUACCACUUCUCACAACUGCCCUUCAACUUUGCCACUGAGGAGUCCAGAGCUGCCUAUGACACUGCAGCAUCAAAGCUAGCUUCAAGUCUGACUACCUUUCCUAAGGUAGUCAUUUUCCUUACUACCCAUACUGAUGAAGACAGGGGGGAUCUGUUCUCUGGAAUGGAGAAUAAGGUUCCAAUAGCCACAGAGGUCUUUGAGUUGCAGUUUCUGCAAGGCCUUCUGUUACCCCUCUCCAACAUUGUCAAGGGUGGAGACCUCAUCUUCUUUGUAUGUGGUUCUACUGUAAGGAAGGAGCAGAGCUUCCAAGGACUGAAGGCAGCUGUGCAACAUUUCAAGCCAAGGUCCAUGUUGCUUUUUGAUGCUGAGAGACUUCAACUAGUCACCACCAUUCCCUUCCUCAUGAGUGUCCUUGACUCCACCCUUGUUCAAGGCUUCCAUGUCCAAAGUGCAGUCAGGCACUCCAACAUCAUCCUAAUGUUGUGGCAGGAGAAGGUAGUGGUGGAGAAAUUUGUCUGGACUGACAAGUUCAUCAGGCCUUGGGGACAACAAUUGCCUGCCUGGUGCCCUCAGUAUUAUAGCAUUCAGAAGUGGGAAGCUGGUUGUUCAGGGCAGACUUAUUCCUAUGAGUGCAAGAAUCCUGGCUGUGGGAAGGACACACAAGGCACAUCUCAGCCUCCCCAAACCUAUACUAUCUGCAUGUCCAAAGGGGCUACCAAACUGACACAGGGAAAGGGGCAAACAUCAUCCUGGCUGUUGGAAUCUUUGUAA